UCACACACAAGUGAGCCCAAGAUUCCUGAAGCGCAGAGCAUUCCAAAUUCAAAACGCAGAGCCUCCCUCCUUCUGCAUCUCCCUGCUUAUGCUUCACAUUCAACACAAAAAUCACCACCAUUUUAGUCUCUUCUCUCUCCUAAACAAGCUUUAAUGGCCUCAAACUCUCCUCACAAUGAUCUCUUUUCCGCUUUAAUUUCAGACAUCAAAUCCUAUUCUGGCAAAGACCCUCUUCAUCCAUGGCUCCGGGGUAUUAAGAAAAUGAAGGCAACUCUGCCUCAAAAUCUAUUAAAGGAAAAGUUACCUCGGUUUUUGCAGAAAUGCACGCAGACAUUUGAGUCUGAUCGUCGUUAUAGAAAUGACUUACGCUAUCUUCGUGUUUGGUUAGAGCUGAUGGAUUAUGUGGAUGAACCAAGAGCAUUACUGAGAACCAUGGAAAUGAAUUCCAUAGGGUCAAAGCGAUCAUUGUUCUAUCAAGCGUAUGCUCUUUAUUAUGAGAAGAUGAAGAAAUUUGAGGAGGCUGAGCAGAUGUAUCACUUGGGAGUGCAGAACCUUGCAGAGCCUGUUGAUGAACUACAAAAAUCAUAUGAGCAGUUCCUUCAACGCAUGCAGAGACACAGGAACAAGAAAAUCCAGGGAGGUAGGCCUGGCAGAAAACCUCUGUCAUCCAGGAAGACUGAAGAGAACAAAGAAAAUGCGUGCAACAUUGAGGAGAAGCAUAAAAAGUUACUGGAUACAAGUUCUCAGAAUAUGAAGCUGCAGAAUGAAUCUAACAAUGCCUUGAUUUUGGGAAAUUCAUGUAACGUUGGAAUUGAUGGCGAUUCAUCUGUCAAGAAAGACCAUGUGCAAAAUAUUAGACCUAUAGAUAUAUGUGAGCAGCAGGCAACUACUGGAAGAGAGUCACGUGAAUCCAUGAUGUUUCAUGGUGAUGACACAGUUGUGGUUAAAUUUGUAGACACUGCUAUAGUUGGGAAGUCUGAAGCUGAAGAUGCAUGUCAUCAUGGACUGGUGGAUCCAACCAUAAAUAUGAAGGAAGCCAUGAAUGCCAUCAAUAGCAUGUUUAAAGAGCCUCUAAAGACUGCUCCAAUUAGUAGGAGGUCACAGAGAAGUCGAACAAAAGAACAUAACUUGAACAGUGGAUUCAGUGUCUUUGUUGAUGAAAACUUGGAUAAUGGAACUGAAUCAUCAGAUCAAAGAGAAGAAGAAGAUAUUUCACUGAUUAAGCAUGGUAGAGCUCAAACUUUCCAGCUUCAACAAGAACCACUUAAAAUAUUCAUUGAUGAUGAAGAAAUUGAUGAGAAUGGAGAUAGACCUGAUGGGAAUGACAACUCAGAACAGAGUGAGGCUCAAAAUCAGGGUGAAGGCUCUUGUUCAUCUGCUGCACGCUUGAAUGCUUUUGUAUUCCCAUGCCCAAAGGAUCUAACAUCUGAAAGCUCAGAUGAUCUGGAUUCAGAGAAUUCGCCCCAAAUGAAGCUGAGAGAAGACACAGUUGUUCAUAGAUUUGUUGGGUCUACCAUCUUGGAUGAGCCAGCAGUAGAAAAUGUUUGGCACCAUGGGUUAGUAGAUCCUACAAUUAACUUGAAGGAGGCUAUGGAUGAUAUAAAUAACAUGUUUGGGAAGCCAAUAGAUUUUGUGAGGACCAAGAGACCAAAGAAGCAGGAAAAACCACCAGUUACAAAACAAGAUCUUGGUGGAUUUUCAAUACUUCCUGAUGAUGAUUUGGAACAUCAAAAAGGUCAGCCACUGCCAAGAUCAUCUAGCAGAAGCGAUACUGAUUUGUUUGAGCCUACUAUGUUUACCAAAGAAGCAAAGGAUGAGAUAAAUAAGCUGUUUGGAAUGCCUCUGGACUUCUAGGAGCAAGCGUUGCUUGUGUUGUAGAAAUUUUCAGUUCAUGGACACGUUGUGACCCAAAUCAUGCUCAAGUACUUGAAUUAUGAAAAUUUUGAAGUAGAUGGAAUCUCUUUGUUCCUUCUUUAUGCUAAA